CAUCAUAGUAAUUCAUCUGUUUCAGUCAAGAGUCCGCUUUCCAACUGCUGCCCACUAGGCGUUGGGGUCCCGACCCUGAGCAGGCCGGUUUGCACCUCUUCCAUUUCCUUCCGCACUUUUGAACGCAGAUGAGGAAGGACAGAAACGAGGAAGCAGCGCGCCGGGUUCGAGGCACGUGAGCGCCACACCGCCGCGUCGCGCGACACAAGGCGCCCUUCGCUCUCACUCGCUUAUUCCCGUUCUUAUUAUAACUACCUUCCUUCGGCUUUUCAGUGACAAUACCCGAGUCUGCUGACAUGUCCGCUCCUUUGGCGAUCGAGCCGGCCAAGGGCAUCCGGAUCUGUGGCCCCUGUGCCGCCUUCGAUGACGAGGACGCCGCCCAGUUCUGGCCCCUCCACUCUGUCCAUCAUCUGGCAGGCUCCUCCCCUCUGGCAAUCACCUGCGACUUGUCCGAAGAAGAGUCGGCCUGCGACAAGGAAGAGUGGUCCGAGACCCCCGAUGGCGCCGAAGAGGCCCCGGACGGCACCAAAGACACGCCGGUGGAGGAGCAGCGCGGUAACACCCAUGGCCCCGCCCCUCCGGCCCAGGUCACCGCCCCUCCGGCAGAGGUCACCGCCCCUCCGGCACAGGUCACCGCCCCUCCUGCCUUGGCCGCCACCCCUGCCUUACCGCCGUGGACCUGCGGGCGCGACGGAGAAGUGAAGCUGCGGCUGUCCGAGUCCGGCCCAGCCUCGGCCCCCCCGCUGACGGUGCACGAGCUGUUCCUCCGGGCCGUGGAGCGUUUCGGGGACUGUACCGCACUGGCCUGGAAGGUGGGAGAGCGGUGGGAGAAACUUGCCUAUCGGGAGUACUACCGGCGGUGUCGGACAGUGGCCAAGGCCUUCCUCAAGCUGGGCCUGGAGCGGUACCACGGUGUGGGUAUCCUGGGAUUCAACUCUCCGGAGUGGUUCAUGGCCGAUAUCGGCGCCAUCCUGGCUGGAGGCUUUGCUGUGGGCAUCUACACCACCAACUCCCCGGAGGCGUGUCAGUACGUGGCGGAGAAUUGCCAGGCCAACAUCCUGGUGGUGGAGAACCACAAGCAGCUGCAGAAGAUUCUGCAGGUUCGAGACAAACUGCCAAACCUGAAGGCCGUAAUCCAGUACAAAGAAGCACUGAAGGAAAAGCAACCAAAUUUGUUCACGUGGGCGGAGCUAAUGGAGAUGGGCCGCGACGAGCCCGACGGCCCGCUGGACGGGAUCAUCGCCUCCCAGAAGCCCAACCAGUGCUGCACGCUUAUCUACACAUCGGGCACCACGGGUCAGCCCAAAGGCGUGAUGCUGAGCCAUGAUAAUCUCACCUGGACGGCGUUCGCCACCAGGGAGACGGUGCGCCUGCAAGAAGCGGACGUCUUCCCCGAGAUCGUCAUCAGCUACCUGCCGCUCAGCCACAUCGCCGCGCAGAUGAUUGACAUCUGGCUCACCAUGAGGGUCGGGGGAGCCGCCUACUUCGCCCAGCCGGAUGCCCUUAAGGGCUCGCUGGGCAACACGCUGCGGGAGGUGCGGCCCACGGCCUUCAUGGGCGUGCCCCGCGUGUGGGAGAAGAUGCAGGAGGCCAUGAAGGCGGCCGGGGCCAAGUCGUCGGCCGUGAGGAGGAAGGUCGCCGUGUGGGCCAAGGGUGUCGGGCUGCACGCCAACAUGAGCAGGAUGCAGGGCAACGGUGCCAUUUCGAGAAGACCACUCAACUACCGGCUCGCCAGGAAGCUCGUGUUCGGCAAGGUGAGGAAGGCGCUCGGUCUGGACCGCUGCACCAAGUGCUACACUGGAGCGGCACCCAUCUCCAAGGAGACGCUCGAGUUCUUCCUCAGCUUGGACAUCCCUGUGUACGAGCUGUACGGCAUGAGCGAAAGCACGGGUCCUCACACCAUCUCCUUGCCCGAGGCCUUCCGCCUCACCAGCUGCGGGAAGGUGAUGCAAGGGUGCCAGUCAAAGAUUGCCAAUCCCGACAGCGAGGGCAUCGGCGAGAUCUGCUUCUGGGGCCGCCAUGUGUUCAUGGGCUACCUAAAUAUGGUCGAGAAGACGGAGGAGGCGCUGGACUCCGAGGGCUGGCUGCACUCGGGGGAUCUGGGUAAACACGAUGAGCAGGACUUCCUUUUCAUCACCGGACGCAUCAAAGAGCUGAUCAUCACAGCAGGAGGGGAGAACAUCCCACCGGUCCCCAUCGAGGACGCGGUGAAGGAGGCCAUGCCGCUCAUCAGCAAUGCCAUGCUCAUCGGCGACAAGAGGAAGUUCCUCAGCAUGCUGCUCACUGUGAAGUGUCAGGUGAACGCAGACACCGGCGCCCCGGAGGACGAGCUCACGCCCGAGGCUGUGGAUCUGUGCCGCAAGAUGGGCAGCAGCGCCGACCGGGUCUCGGAAAUUGCGGGCGGGAAGGACCGCGUCGUCUACAGCGCCAUCCAGAAGGCCAUCGACUGCGUGAACGAGCGAGCCACAUCCAACGCCCAGCGCAUCCAGAAGUGGGCCGUGCUUGGGUGUGACUUCUCCAUCCCUGGUGGGGAGCUGGGCCCCACCAUGAAGCUGAAGAGGCCCGCAGUCAUGAGCUUGUACAAAGGGCAGAUCGAGGCCUUCUACAAAGAAGCGGCCUCAGACAACGCAGCGCCCCCUAGCUGAGAGUGUGCGCCCGACACGGCCGACCCCCCCUCGCCCCUGCUGUGCCCAUCGGGGACAAAACGUCCGAGCCGGUUACACGCAAACACACUUCAGCAAACACUGUCCACAGAGACUCCGAUCAGCGCUAGCACGGCCGACGCUUUAUGGCUGUUUUCUGUGAAAAACACAACAGUCGAAUAUUACUGCAUUGUUUGUUUAUAUUGUAAAUGAAAAGGUAACAACAAACAAUACAAAAUAUUUUCAAGGGAUAUUUAUUACCAAUGGAUUGCUGUAAUUACGUAUGAUAAGUGCAUAAUAAAUGUCGGUUGUUAUGUGUCCUUUAGGGCAGGUUUUGGGAAAAUUUCCCUUUUUUUCGAGCCGUGGCUGCCGGGUUUCACGAUACUACUCGAGCAAUGCGGGCCACGAAGGAGGAGGUCCGUUUCACCUUUGUCCUCUGUGAGAGAAGGACAGAAACGGAGGCCAAAUGAGUCCUUGCGCAUCCCUACAAUAUCAUCCUUUGUGUUUUUAUUAAGGCUGUUGUGAUGCUGCGGUCAUAUUCUGACCCUUUCGUGCCAAAUAAUCUGCUUGGUAAAUAACUCUCCGGUAUGGCAUAGGUUUCAGGCCUGGUGCCGCAGGCCUGCUCUAUUCGCUGGCUCUUGCUUAACGAGAUUUGCCCAGACUGGUACCAGAGGAUAUUUUUCCAACUACUCACGGUACUGGAUCAUAAUUACGUUGGCAUUUUAUGAUUAUUUUAAGGGACAAAAGUAACAUACGUCCAAAAGCCGGUUCGGAGGUCGGAAUUCAGCCAGGGAGCAAAUAAUGAUAAAUUACGAGUUCAGUAGGAGCAGGAACCGGCACGCAGAGCGAUUUGCCCAAAACAGCACUGUGACCAAGAAGCGUGGGGGACAGUAGGGCUGGGUGAAGGGUUUGCGUGCCGAUAACCCCAAGCGAACGCCUGGGUUGGACCCGCGGCAUGGGCCGUGCACAUCACAGCAUGCAAACAAGCAUCCGCUUCCCUUAGUUGCCUUUCCGUGUUGCGUUGCGCCCGUGGGUUGGUUGAGCAAAAUGUGUUUUAUUCCCCCCCCCAUUUUCAGUCAACCAAAGUAAUGUGCAUUUCUUCAAAUAUAAAACGAUGCAGCAGGGUUUUUUUUUAAAAAAAAAAAACAAAAUUGUGUCAUUUCGUUUUGCCUUUUUUUUUUUUUUUUUUUUUAAACUGCGAUUUAGUCUGAAUGUGUAUUGGGAAGAGCUUGUGUUCGUGCAGCAGGGAGUGCCUGGCCCUCGCCGUCGGGCUGAACGUGAAUGUGAUAGAUCUCUGAUCCCGGUCAGUUUGGAGCCCGCGUGACCCCCACCCCCCGCGGUGUCCUGUUUUUCCCGCUUCUUCUCAUAGGCCUGCGCUCUUGCCGUUUCUGCUCCAGCUGAACCCUCCGUCAGCACAAGCAAGUCAAAACAAGUGUCCAGAUGAGCUGCCCGUCUAAGUUGAGACGAACCUUCAGACGACCUUGUUUAAGGCCCAUCAAUGAGCUUAUCGUUCUGCAAACGUCCCCGUAACUUUUCCUAAGGAUCUGUCACUUUUUCCAGGUAUGAGAUGCAAACUGCUGACAGGAAAUAUUGUGGCUGUCUUAAGUUUUUUUUUUUUUUUUUUUUAAGUUCUUAAUCAAGAGGCUGGGUAGAACAUGAACCAAGUGAGAUCUCAAAACUCAAACAGCAGUCCUUGCAUACAGAUGCAUGUCCAUAUUUUUAUUGCUGUACACCACAGGGACAAGACCCUUGUAAUGUUUUCAUUUUUUUGUGUGUAAAUGCCUUUAAAGCUGUCAUUAUUUCACUCAAAGCCCCCCCGCUCCUGUCUGACUUGUGUGCGAUUGCUUUGCUGGAGGGUCGGGCGCUUAAGAGCCGUGCGCGCUUCUGCGUCUGGUUUCAGCGCCACCUCUGAGCAUAAAACAAACGUUAACUGUGACGAAGGGCUUUAUUUGUCUUCUGCGUUUUCAAAAAUGUGGGAAAGAUGCCGGCGCUGGGUGUGGACCUGACUUGUCCCUCAAAAGUGCUGACAUUGUGACUUGUGAUGUACUUUCGCAUUCAGCUAGCUGGAAAUGUGCACCGAAUGUGAAAACUGUUUACUCUCUGUGGAACUACAUGUAAUAAAUGGUCAUUGAGUAUUAAUUUAAG